UGUCCCGCUGUCGUACCGGCGUCUCCCUAGACCAAAACGAUCGUCAUAAAGUCGGCUGUUUACCCUUGACGCAUAACGGCUGUCGCACCUUAUAUUGCUUCAGUCUCCUGCUACCCGACGAACCAUCUCACUCACCUUGCCCUAUCAUUUGCUGUGAAUCAGAUCAGGCGCAUUGCAAGUUUGGCUUGAAGAAAUCUGCAGCUGCGAAUCACAUAUACUUACUCUCUGGUAUCCAGCUUCCCAGAGGCGUGCAUCACACCCUACAGGGUCCGGGUCUCUUCUCUCCUGCCAUUUUCGCAUUCACGGCGCAGCAUAGGUCUUGCUUCAAAUACUCUGCAGGUAGCUGCCAGAAGUCGCAAUCAGGACACAGAGAUCCGUGAUCGACACCGGUCAACCGUAACCAUGAACCGUUCACUAUCCAUCAGAUCCAACCACCGCCGCAAUGGCUCCCAAAACACCUCCACAAAGCGCACCGGCUUCUCCUUCAACUCUCUGCGCGGCAACGUCCAGCCCGAGCUUUCACGCAAGCUCUACCGCAUCAUCAAGAGCGAGAACAACCUCAUCACCGCCCACGAGACGGCCGGCCGCGAGCGCAUCUCCAUCGCCACCCAGCUGUCCGAGUGGGGCGAGCAGACCAACGACGCCGCCGUCUCUGACGUCUCGGACAAGGUCGGCGUAAUCCUCAGCGAGCUCGGCGAGCAGGAGGACCAAUACGCCCACUCACUCGAUGACGCGCGCGGUGUUCUCAAGCACAUCCGCAACACGGAGAAGAGCGUGCAGCCAAGCCGCGACGGCAAGGAUAAAAUUGCCGACGAGAUUGCGAAAUUGAAGAUGAAGGAGCCCCAGAGUGCCAAACUCGUUGUGCUCGAGCAGGAGCUUGUUCGCGCCGAGGCGGAGAACUUGGUCGCCGAGGCCCAGCUAACGAACAUUACUCGCCAGAAGCUCAAGGAAGCCUACGAGGCCGAGUUUGCCGCAACCAUUGAGCGAGCCGAGAAGCAGAUCAUCCUCGCCAAGCACGGCCGAAGACUGCUGCAGCUCCUUGAUGACACCCCGGUUGUUCCAGGCGACAUGCGUCCGGCCUAUCACCAUGCUCAACAGGCACGGCAGAUUCUCAACGACGCGGAGGACGACUUGCGUGACUGGCGUCCCGAACAGGAUGACUAUGCUGUCGACCCAUCCGACUCUGUGUCCAACGCUAGGGGAAAGCAGAGCGUGGGGCACGACGACGACGCCCAUAUCGUUGCCAGUUCAACCACUGGAAACAAGGCGACUCGAGAGAGCGACGCUGGUAGCGCGGUCAGCGAUAGAACGAGACAGGGAGAGGUAUUGGCAGCUCAUUAGGUUGGAAGAGACAGAACUCUGCUUGCUAUUUUAUUUGGGUCUGGGGGGUAUUAGAGAGACGGAUGGACGUGGAGGCAACCUUUUCGUACUUUUACGCCACAACAUUCUUACGGCCUCUUUUGAUGAAUUUCAUGACAAUACCACGAGUGUACCUUUUGUUCUGAUUGGUUUCACCGACCACUUUGAAAACCCUAAAAUCAAGAUGGAGAGACACCCAUCAACUUGAAACGUAUAAUGCCGUGAAUGCCAUUGGGUGCUGCGGCCCAAAGUCGAUAGGCAGCAACAGGCAAGGAGGCGUCCGACCCCGCUUUGUGGAACGCCAUAAGAAGGCCGCCGCCGGUAUGAGUGCAUCGCCGUCUGGGCA